AACGCCAAGAAUUUCUGUUCAUCUUUAUAUUGGGGUCCGGGUCGGAUCACUUGGAUAUAUGGAUGACUGUUGUAUACUUGUAUGAUGUGGGGUUAAGCGGAGAAAUCCGUUAAUUUGCGAGAAAGAAAAUGAGAAAGCAAGUUCUAAGUUUAACGGAGUCGGCAGCGGCUAGAAUACGCCAGCUGUUAGCGCAUCGCCAGCGGACUUUCCUCAAGCUCGGCGUCAAGGCUCGCGGCUGCAACGGCUUAUCCUACACCCUCAAUUAUGCAGACGAGAAAGGGAAGUUCGAUGAAUUGGUUGAAGAUAAGGGUGUGAAGAUAUUGAUUGAUCCGAAGGCCCUCAUGCAUGUUCUAGGAACCCAAAUGGACUUUGUUGAUGACAAGCUCAGAUCUGAGUUUAUCUUUGUCAAUCCAAAUGCCACAGGAAAGUGCGGCUGUGGAGAAUCUUUCAUGACCACAACUAGUGCACAAGCCGCUAAGAUUCAUCAUGGUAAAUCAGGAACAUAGUAAACUUAGUUUCCAGGUUCCAUGUAAAUAAGUAUACCUGAUGAGGUUUUCCUACAUGUAAUACAUUUCUAGUGGCAAAUCUCCAGUUUAUAUGAUAUUUGAUUAUUUGCUGCUGCCAUUUUUUAGCUCAACUCAGUUCUGUAUUGUAUAAUAAAGAAGUCAAAGGUUUCCUUGUUAUUGUUCUACUCCCUGAUGCUAUGUGCUCUCAUAACAAUAGAAGCAUCUUAUUUUCACCUGAUUUGUCUUAUAAGUCGAUUCAGACAUCAGAAUUAGAGGAAAUAUCAGUUAGCAAGCAAA